UUUCGGCUCCGACUGUUGUGACAUCACGAGUCUUCAGUGGGGGAAACAAUGGAGGAACAAAAGCUGAAAGAUCCUAUUAAUAAAGUGUCCCUAAUCAAAGAUGAGCUGAGCAGGAGCACUGUGGAGGCCAGUGAGUCUGAGAAGGUCAUCCAGCGGCUGAACCAGGAACUGCAGGAGGCCAAUGAACAGGCCAACUCCAGCAAACACAAAUGUGUCGAACUUCAAGGUCUACUGGAGGAGGAGAAAAGAGCCAAUAAGCAGCAGGCAGAGGAGUCAGCAAAACAGAUGAAGGUCUUACAGACUCAGCUCCAGAAGCUCCAGGAAGAGAUGGAAAACCUCAGGGAUCAGAAGGACAGCGCAGUCUUCAGCAUGAGACAGGAAACCCACGCGGCUCAGGAGGAAGUGCAGGUGCUGCGUCGCACUAUGGAGAAAACGGCAGCAGAGCGAGAGCAUGAGGUCAGUGCGCUGAAGGGGAAUCUUGCAACGCUCACUUCAGAGCUGGAAAAAUGGCAGCAGGCAGCAAACAAGUACGAGCGCGAGCUUGAAAGUGUACAGGCAAGUCACCAGCAGCAGAACCAGCAGAGGGACAGAGCCACCAAACAACAAGCGGGCGAGCUGGAGAAGGUGCAGAAGGACUGUGAGAGCCUGAGGAGGGACUGUGCAUCUCUGAGGUCAGAGAGAGAGCAGCUGGCUGAUAAACAGCAGAAAGAGAAGGCCAGUCUGCAGAAUGAGAACAGCAGCCUGCGCUCAGAGAAAGAACAGCUACAGAAGAAACAACAGCAGCUGGAGAAAGAGCUGGACAGCUCCAAGAAACAGAACACCAGCCUGAGCAACACGGUCAAGAGCCUGGAAAAGACGCAGGCCGACCUGGAGAAGCGUCUGAGUGUCCUGCAGGAGGAGCACCAGAGAGACAACGGGCAGCUGGAGCAGAGCAACAGCAGGAUCAAAGAACUGCAGAAAGAGUAUGAGGAGAUGCAGGCAGAGCUGUCGGGCCUGAGGGGGAAGUUUGAGAAUGCAGAGGAGGAGAAACGCUCCGUCAGUCUGGAGCUGCAGCAGAGCCAAGAGCGCCUCAGGCUUAUGCAGGACAAAGACAACCAUGGAAAAUGGAUCAGAUGGAUGCCUGUCGCCGCUGUAACUGUUGCUGUGACGGGAUAUUUGCUUUCAAAGUCCUCAAAAUGAAGCACGUGAUGAACCAGUAACAAGCACACGCACCUGACAUGUACACCUAGCAAACCUUUCUCAGAUGUCUUGACUUUUUUUGUCCUUUUAGUCCGCGGGAUGUUAGUUUGAGUAAUGAGUAUUUAAAAGCAACUUCUUACUCAAAUGUUAAAGGGAGUAAUAACGUGAGAACAUUUCCCAUCUUUUUUUUUUAAAUUAGAUGUACUGUUUGCAUAGCAUUUGAAGUAUCUGGCUAAUAACAGGUAUUUUAUUGAGCACUGUUGCUUUUGCCAAACAAACAUUUAGUAAAUUGCCUUAACCUUAGAUAAGCAAAAGUUUAUACCUCGCCUGAAUGAGAGCUGACUGAGCAUCGCAGCGCCCACUGCAAUAACACAUUUCAGACAUUGAUGGAUCCGUUUAUGUUUUAACUCACUCAUAUUUUCUGUGGCCUGAAGGCCUGUUUUGCCAUGUAACCUGUUUGUGUCUUUGCACCUUAUACGAAGCCAUUAGUGAUUAGUCUAUGCACUGUACUUUAUUGUUAUAAGGGUUUGAUGUGUUAAGGAUAAUGAUGUUGAUGAUGAUAAUAAAUAUUGUACACUUAGGAGAUUAGAGUGCUAAUGUUCCCUAAAGAGAGCUGUUAUAGAGUGUUUAUGAUUUAUGUUUAUUACUUGUACAGAGAUUUAAUGAACUACCUGAUCUAACAAGCGUGCUAUCUGCAAUAAAUGAGCAAAAGGGAA